AUGCCUGUCGGAGACUUUGCGAUCGAUGUCAGGAGCAGCAGGUCUCGUCCCCCAAGCAGAUCCUUCAGCGUUCUCGACGGCAACUCUGGCGCAGGUCAGUCAGGGAAGGGGAGGGGCAACGGCAAGAAACUGGCGCAUGUGGAGGACGGAACGCCGCUGGGGUACGGGAGCAGCUACGAGGCAUAUGUGUCCUACAAGAAGGAUCGAUGGUGUACCCACACCUGCCUGUGCCUUCAUCAUGCCGCCGCUUCCAACCAAGUCGACUUGGUUGAAGCUGCUGCUCGCGGUCUGCUGCCAUACUCGAGGCUGCAUGGACUGACAGAGGCCGAUGAUGCCGGGAGGACCCCAGCGAUGGUUGCGGCCUGGAGGGGAUCGGUGGAAGCUCUACGGUUUCUGGUGGAGGAUGGAACCGAUCUGUGCGCAAGGGAUAAGAGGGGGAGGACAGUGUUUCACUGGGCAGCCUUGUCGCCGCGAGCUUACCAAGUCUUGUCGCUCUUGUGCGGUCGCAACGCUGAUCCCAAAGUGAAAGAUGCCCUUGGGGACACGUGCCUGCAUGCUGUCAUCAAGUUCGGAGAUGUCAAGUCCGCUGAGUUGCUCUGUCGACAUUACCCGCAGCUCUGCGUGAUCAAGAACCAACUCGGUCAACUCCCUCAGGACAUGUGCCAGCACAAACCGGACAUGAGGGUGGUUGUUUCGGUGGAUCAAGGCAAACGAUAUGUGCAGAUCGAACAAGAGAGAUUAUGUCAGCUGGCAGAACAGCUUGACAAGCAUCUGAAAGAAAAGAGAGAUUUGCGAGACGACUGGGCAGCUUUCGCGGAUCUCCACGAGGCAAGCAGCAGCACGUCUUUGCUCACUAGCUUAGAAGAAGUUCGAUCAUCGUCAUUCAAGAACACAGAGGAGAACGGAGAGCAGUCGCCCGGGAGUGACAGCAUGCCAUACAAGACUUUGUUUCAGACAGAGGCCUGA